AUGUACGGCCCGGAUUGUGCAGCCUUUGUGUUUUUCAUUCUUGAGGUGUUAUCCACCGCUGCCCAUCCCUCGACCUGCCGGCUGGCGGCCGCAUGUCUGGCGAUGCUGCUCCGGCAGGACAACGAUGCGUUUGUGGAGGUGAUGGGCGAGAUCGGGGCCCCUCUCGGCGAUCCCCUCGAUGAUGCCGAAGCCUCGGAGGCCCGCAGCAACGGCCAUUCGCCCGACAAGGAGACCUUAAAUAACAACCCACAAAAGAAAAGUGGGGAAGCGGAGGUUUCAGAGAGAGGCGCGGAUGGGCUUGAAUUGCCUUUUGAGGAGAUCUCCGAGCUAUUGCGGGACGACGAGGACCGCAAGAUGGGGCUUGAGAAGCUGGGCUACACCAAUCGCAUUAUGGCGGCCAUGCAAAUGUUUCUCAUGGAGUCCUCCUCCUCUUCGGCGGCGGCGAACUCGGGCGAGGCGUGGGAAAAGACCGCGUUGGGCCUCGAGCAGCUGUGGGUUCAGCUUCUCUUGUAUGGAAAUAUCAGCUCCCCUCGCGUGGCGCGGCGGGUCGCGGAGGAUCCCGGCUUCGGCACGUGGACGAGGUGGCAGCUCCAGCGGGUGGUGCUCGGGGAGCGGUCGAUGGCAAGCCUAACGCGGCCUCUACUUUUGUGGUAUCGCUUGAUGCGUAUUCCGGCGGCCGGGAGGGCGCUGCUUCGGCCUUGGCCCUCCUCCAGCGGCUACGAGACGUGGGGGCUGUUUGUGAUCCUCGCCUGUACGGUGAAGCCCGCGGAGGGGAUCUCAAUGGACGCGGUUAAAGCCCUGGCGCUGACAUUUAUGCUCGUACGUGAGAUGGUGCGGCAUGGGCUCGGCGGGAAGCUCCUUCGCGACGUCAGUGCGACGCUUUUAACGGACGGCAUGCGGGUGGGCGCGGCGAUGAUUCUGGAGAUUUGGGAUUUAGCGACCGAGCAUCGGCCGAUGCCUGCAGGAAAAGAAAAAGAGCAGCAUCGCCUGCGCUCGGGAUGGAAUGUAGGCGGCGGGCAUCCCAAAAUGGAGGAAACCUAUUUUCAUGAAGCCGCGUUAGCCGCGAUGGAGUUGUGUCGGUCUGCCGAAGUUGUGCCGUCGUCCGAGCAAGAGGAUGGGGCGCGGCAGACUUUGCAUUACCUGGUGGACGCAACCUGCAGGCACUACCUCGCAACCUACUUCACCACACACCCGAUCGACUGCCUCCGACUUCAAGGGACGACGGUAGAAACCCAACAGCAUAUGCAGAACUUCCUCAGUCAGUCCGUUUUGCGCUCUGAACUCCUUUCGGAGUCUUUCCUCCGCCUGAGCCUCCCCUUGCCACGACCAAGCGACCCUUCAGACGCGAUGAACCGCGUUAUUGUAAGUUGUCUGGGGUUAGAUCCCCACCUUCUGGAAACCCCGGCGGACGUCGUGGGGCAUCCGGUUGACACCCCCGGCGAGACUGUAAACGCCCCCCCCUCCCUCCCCCGCGAAAUCAUCCCCAAGUCGAACGCCUCGCUGCUCAUGCUGCUUGCCGUAAAAUCCAUCCGCAGCCAUGCGAAUACGCGGCUAAUGCACGCCAUCGCGUGCGGCUUCCCCGCGAUAAACCACCACGCGAUUGUGGGAUACGCCGCAUCCCUCAGCGCGAAGUACCGGGCGGGUUGUCUGGGGAUCCGAACCGACGCGGCGUCCCGGCUCCUUCCCGAUGAGAUGUGCACGGCCGUGGAGGUGGGGCUUCUUUUGCAGGAGUUCACCGCGGCGCCAAAGGCCGGAAGGAAGCCCCCGGCGGGGGGGGAAGCAGCCCUCGCCGGCGACCUUUACCGCCGCGAGGCGGCGCUCACGGCCCUGUUCGUCCUGCAGAGCAUGGCGAUUACCAAACAUUGCUUGGACGCCCUCCCACGCGGGGUGGCGUGUUUGCUCAGCGACCGCGGCGGGUUGGAGCUGACGGUUGGGGCGCACGGGGGGCCUUUGGUGGGGUUGGGCCAGGCCCUGCAGAAGGGCGUGGCGACCGCAUCCCAUGGGGGACAGGGGAGGGCCCAGGGCCUUGCCGUCACCGGGGCACCCCGCCAGUGGGUGAUCGCCCCGCUUUACGACGAUUCUUUUCCCCAUAAGGCGCUCUGGGCGACCUGGCUGCGCCGGCUUUUGCGGCUUCACAAGGACGUCAAGGACGUCCUUGGGUGGGAGGCGCUGCUGAGCCAUACCCUGCUGUGGGUACUGCCGCGGCGCCAGGCGCUUUUUGCGAAUCCCGCCAUACCCUUCAACCACAGCGAUGGCGAAGAAGCAGAGGAGGGCCAUGCAGACUCGGAUGCCGCGGCGGGGGCCCUGGUGGACCUCGUGAUUGACCUGGCGGGGCUGCUGCUUUCGCCGACGACGCGCGAGAUGGGGUUUUCCUCUGCGGCGUCGGAAACUCUCGGGAUCGCCCUCCGCGCGUUCACUAAUCCUGAGGCCGAGGACGGUCUGCCGUGGCCACUCGCGGUCGCGCUGGCGCUGACAGCGACCCGCUGCUCCCCUUCAACGACCCUUGCGGCGGUGCGUCUGCUUCUGGAGACCCCCCUUAUUCCUCACUCGGGGCGCUUGUUGACGAGUUCCGACCCACGCGGUAUCGAUCAGCUUCAGUUGUUGGACGGGCUUCUUGCCUGGAAGACAUGCCAUUCGGACUGCAAGACGCCGCGCUGGAGCCUGGAGGAAAUGGUUUCUUUGGUUCAGUUGCUGGGGAUUCUUUUCGCGGGCUUUAACGAGAGGUCUGAAGACGUAAUGACGUCCGAUAGGUUUUCUGUGGACGACUGGACGCAUCUCAUUUCGGACACUGAGGGUUUUCAUGCAUGGUGUUUGUGCGCGUUGGCUGAAGGGUUCUUCCAUAAAUUUCUCAAUGAACGCAAAAGGGAGCGUAACCAAACUACAGAUGGCAAGUUUUUAAGCAUGAUGGAAAGAGAAGUGCUGCGCACAACCUUGGAGGAAAUUGGCUGGGAACCGAGGGUCUUGUGGCCGCAUCUGAAGAAUUGA